GAAAAUCUGACCAGCUAUAAGCUCUUCUCUCAGCAUGUACGACCUUUAAUUGCCAAAGCAAACCCCAAAAUUGCCAUGUCCAAAAUGGUAACUCUCAUCUCAGCUAAAUGGAGAGAAUUUCUCCAGAACAGCCAAACAAAAGAAGAGGAAUCUCGGACUAUCCAGGAAGAGAAAGAUAAGCCGGCCACACCCACUUCUCGACCUAGAGGCUCAAAAGAUGAUGUAGACAGAGUUGGAAGCAGUGCCGGUAAGAGUAAAGGCUCCAAAUCCAAGUCCAAAAAGUCUGUCCCUCUCCUAAAAAUCAAAAUUGGAGGUAUUGGUAAAAGGAAAAAACAAAGCUCUGAUGAUGAAGACAGUUUCAGUGAGUCUAAAAGUGAUGCUGAUUUUGAGGCAGCUCUUGAAGAGGUACAGAAUUCAACACCACCACCACCAAAAAGUGAAGCUAAAAAGAAAAGUAAAACAAAGAAGACUAAAAAGAAAAAGAAAACCAAAACGACAGCAAGUUUCCCAAGUUCUGAUGCAGAAAAUGAUGGUUAUGAGACCGAGCAUCAAGAUUACUGUGAAGUGUGCCAACAAGGGGGUGAAAUCAUUCUAUGUGACACCUGUCCUCGAGCCUAUCACUUGGUCUGUUUGGACCCAGAGCUUGAAGAGGCUCCUGAGGGGAAAUGGAGUUGUCCACAUUGUGAGGGAGAAGAUGUCCAAGAGCAAGAAGACGAUGAACACAUGGAGUUCUGCCGGGUAUGCAAAGAUGGUGGAGAACUGUUGUGUUGUGAUAGUUGCCCAUCAGCUUAUCACACUUUUUGCCUGAAUCCCCCCUUGAAGAACAUUCCUGAUGGAGAAUGGCAUUGCCCUCGCUGUGCCGCAGAACCAUUAAAAGGAAAGGUCAAUAAAAUCCUGACUUGGCGAUGGGCUGAAACUUCCAAGCCCGAAAGUGAAGAGAGUAAAAAGGAGGAAGGAGAAAAAGAUGACAUUCCUGCAACCCAACCCUCCACCAGCAAGAAGAAUCGCCAAAAACCAAUGCGUGAAUUUUUUGUAAAGUGGGCUGAUAAGUCUUACUGGCAUUGUUCUUGGGUGUCAGAACUACAGCUGGAGGUUUACCAUCCAUUUUUAUACCGGAUGUAUUGUCGUAAAAAUGACAUGGAUGAACCACCACCUCUGGAUGAUGGGAGUAGUGUCGAUAACUACAAGAAAAGAGAAACACCUCGAGAUGAUCCACAUAACCUCGAAGAAAGGUUUUAUCGUUAUGGAAUCCAACCAGAAUGGUUACAGAUCCAUAGAGUGAUCAAUCACAAAACACUGAAAGAUAGCAGAACCAUGUACCUCAUCAAGUGGAGGGAUCUACCAUAUGACCAGUCAUCAUGGGAAUUUGGUGAUAAUGUUGGAGAGUUUGAAAUUCCAGAUUUGCAGAAAGCAAUAGAUGUCUACUGGGACCUCAGGAGUUCUGCAGAAGCAGGAUAUGUAAAGAAACCAAGCAAAGGAAAGGGCAAGAGCAAAAAGGCGAAGGACAAAGAUCAGAAGCAGGAAGAGAGGGAAGAUCCGGUACAAACCCAGGAGAAACCUACAGUUGAUCCAAGAAAGAAGUACGAAAAGCAACCAGAUUAUAUCGAUGCUACAGGUGGUGAGCUCCAUCCUUACCAGCUGGAAGGUGUGAACUGGCUGAGAUUUUCUUGGGCUAAUAAAACGGACAUCAUUCUUGCUGAUGAAAUGGGUUUAGGAAAAACUAUUCAGACAAUUGUGUUUCUCUAUUCCCUCUUUAAAGAGGGUCACUGUCGAGGUCCAUUCUUAAUCAGUGCCCCGCUUUCGACUAUAAUCAACUGGGAGAGGGAAUUUGAGAUGUGGGCUCCAGACAUGUAUGUAGUGACGUAUAUCGGUGACAAAGACAGCAGAUCAGUAAUUCGAGAGCACGAGUUAUCUUUUGAAGAAGGAGCAAUUAGAAUUGGACCAAAGGCAUCUAAACUUAGGAAAGAUUAUCCUGUAAAAUUUAAUGUCUUGUUAACAUCAUAUGAGCUAAUCAGCAUAGAUGCAGCAACAUUAGGUUCUGUAGACUGGCAAGUAUUGGUUGUUGAUGAAGCUCAUCGACUGAAGAACAACCAGUCAAAAUUUUUCCGCAUCUUGAACUCCUACAAGAUAAACCACAAAUUGCUGUUAACGGGAACUCCAUUGCAGAAUAACUUGGAGGAAUUGUUUCAUUUGUUGAACUUCAUGAGUCCACACAGAUUUAAUGAUCUUCAAGGCUUCUUGAACGAGUUUGCAGACAUAGCGAAAGAGGAGCAGGUGAAGAAACUGCAUGAUCUUCUUGGUCCUCAUCUCCUUAGGAGACUAAAAGCUGAUGUGUUGAAGAAUGUACCAGCCAAAAGUGAAUUUAUUGUGAGGGUUGAACUUUCACCAAUGCAGAAGAAAUAUUACAAGUAUAUUCUGACUCGAAAUUUUGAAGCCCUGAAUUCUAAAGGAGGUGGCCACCAAGUGUCUCUCCUUAAUAUUAUGAUGGACUUGAAAAAAUGCUGCAAUCAUCCUUAUUUGUUUCCUGCUGCAGCCAUGGAAGCACCUAAGUUACCCAAUGGUGCUUAUGAAGGUAACUCAUUGACAAAAGCCUGUGGAAAGUUUAUUGUGUUGGCCAAGAUGAUGAGACAACUAAGAGAAACUGGCCACAGAGUACUCAUCUUCUCACAGAUGACAAAGAUGUUGGACAUUAUGGAAGACUUUAUUGAGUCCGAAGGUUACAAGUAUGAAAGAAUUGAUGGGGGUAUAACUGGCAACUUACGACAAGAUGCAAUUGAUAGAUUCAACGCCCCAGGAGCUCAGCAGUUUGUGUUCCUUCUUUCAACUAGAGCUGGUGGCUUGGGAAUUAACCUUGCCACGGCAGACACAGUCAUCAUAUACGACUCUGACUGGAACCCUCAUAAUGACAUACAGGCUUUCAGUCGAGCACACAGGAUCGGGCAGUCAAAUAAAGUAAUGAUCUAUCGAUUUGUAACAAGGGGAACCGUAGAAGAGAGAAUCACUCAGGUUGCUAAAAAGAAAAUGAUGCUAACCCACUUAGUGGUACGACCAGGAUUGGGUAACAGAUCAAACACCAUGUCAAAACAAGAACUAGAUGAUAUUCUGAGGUUUGGUACAGAAGAGCUUUUCAAAGAUGAAGAGGGGAAAGAGGAUGAAAUUCAUUAUGAUGAUAGAGCCAUUGAUGAACUGCUAGACAGAACCAAGCAAGGUAUUGAACAGAAAGAAAUCUGGGCUAACGAGUAUCUUGAGUCUUUCAAAGUAGCUGCUUAUGUUACCAAGGAAGCUGAUGAGGAGGAGCCAGAAACUGAGAUCUUGAAACAGGAAGUGGAAUCCGCAGAUCCUGCAUACUGGGAGAAACUGUUGCGCCACCACUACGAACAGCAACAGGAAGACAUGGCUCGAACCCUCGGGAAAGGAAAGAGAGUAAGAAAACAGGUGAACUACAAUGUUGCUGUUGGUCCACAGGACGAUUCAACUUGGCCGGAGAAUUUGUCUGACCACAACUCGGACUUCUCCGUUCCAUCAGAUGAUAAUGAAGAUGAUGAUGACUUUGAAGAAAAGAAUGAAGAAAAAAGCAUCAGAGGAAGAAAGGGUAGAGGUGGACAGAACGAAAAAGAUAAACCACUUCCUCCACUAUUAGCACGAGUUGGUGGUAACAUUGAAGUUCUUGGAUUCAACGCCAGACAACGUAAGGCCUUCCUGAAUGCUAUCAUGAGAUAUGGCAUGCCACCGCAGGAUGCUUUCAACUCUCAGUGGUUGGUGCGGGACUUGCGUGGAAAGUCGGAAAAGAAUUUCAGAGCCUACGUUUCUCUAUUCAUGAGACAUUUGUGUGAGCCUGGAGCAGACAAUUCUGAAACAUUUGCUGAUGGCAUCCCUCGUGAGGGCUUGUCUCGACAACACGUACUUACUCGCAUCGGUGUCAUGUCACUCAUCAGAAAGAAGGUUCAGGAAUUUGAACAUAUCAAUGGUUUAUACAGCAUGCCUGCUGAAGACCUGAUGUUGAGGUCAGCACCUGAAGGUUCUCAAAUAGGUGUUCAAUCCACAUCUACCACCUUCACUACAACUCCUGUUACCUCAUUACCUAGCAACAAUACUUCUCCUGUCCCUACUCCUUUAGAUAGUAAGGCAUCUACCCCAGCUCCUACACCAGUCUCCAGUAUCGCGGAAGAGAAUGGAAAAGAACUAAUUGACAAUGACAAUGAGAUGACUAACAAGUCUGAAGAAACUAAAGAGGAAACUACAAAAUCCAAAGAAGUAGAAGAAAAGAAACCUGAAGAAGAUAAAAAUUCAGAGAAGAAAGAAACAAAGGAAGAAGAACCAAUGGAAGUGGAUGAUCCAGAUACUGACAGAAAACAAGAAGAGAAAGAUGGAGAUAAGAAGCAAGAAAUUAAGGAAGAAAAGGAGAAAGCAGAUUCAGAAACAAAGGUUGAAAAUAAAUCUGAAAAAGAUGAAAAGCCUAAGAACAAAGUAGAUGAAGAAGGAGAGCCCAAGGUGGAUUCACAGUUUCACCAGUCUCAACAAGACAAGAAGUCAGAUCAGACCAAGCAGAAGAGAAAAUUUAUGUUUAACAUCGCUGACGGAGGCUUCACAGAACUUCACACACUUUGGCAAAAUGAAGAAAAAGCUGCUGUUCUUGGAAGGGAAUAUGAGAUUUGGCAUCGUCGUCAUGACUACUGGUUACUGUCUGGCAUUGUCAAACAUGGUUAUGGAAGAUGGCAAGAUAUCCAGAAUGACUCAAUGUUUGCUAUAAUCAAUGAACCUUUCAAAAUGGAUGUUGGCAAGGGCAACUUUCUUGAAAUCAAGAACAAGUUCCUGGCUAGAAGGUUUAAGCUCUUGGAACAAGCUUUGGUCAUUGAAGAACAGCUACGUCGAGCAGCGUAUCUGAACUUGACCCAAGAUGGCAGCCACCCUGCUAUGGCACUAAAUGCAAGGUUUGCAGAGUUGGAAUGCUUGGCAGAAUCUCACCAACAUCUGUCCAAAGAGUCUUUGGCCGGGAAUAAGCCAGCCAAUGCUGUCCUACACAAAGUGCUCAACCAAUUAGAAGAGCUUCUUAGUGACAUGAAGUCGGACGUGAGUCGACUCCCCGCUACACUUGCUCGAAUACCACCAGUGGCACAGAGACUUCAGAUGUCUGAACGGGGAAUACUGUCUCGACUGACAGGGCAACCUCAAACUGGUGUUACACUGCCUCCCACACAAUUACCAACCUUUGCUGCACAGAGUGGUCCCCAUCCAGGUUUUCCUCCAGGAGUGCCACCUACAUCGUUUUCAGGAACUAAUUUUUCUGGGUAUAGAGGUCAGUUUCCUUUGCCAUCACAGCAUCUCUUAUCACACUCAUCAUUCCCAGGAGGAGAUGCCAGUGGCUGGAUCAGUCCCUGGUCCACAUCUCCCUACAUCUGGUAUUGACUUGACUGCUGUCCAGGCCCAGAUGUCCAAAGGCACUAUGGGAAUGGCUGAAGAUCUGUCACUGAAGUCAGGAAGUGACAAGGCAUCUACCAGUAGAGUAGGCCCUUCAACACCAGGGUUAGAGAAUAAAUAAUUCAUGUUAGCUUAUCAACGUUUUAUUUAUUUUUUGCAAGUUAAGGAACUGAGCCAACUAAAGGAGAGAUAUGACAAGUUGAUAAAAGAGAGAGAGAGAGAGAGAAAGAAAAUAUCAGCCUAUCAUCAAAUUUUAAUGUCAUCAGUAAGAACUUCUGAAACUAAAAAUUAGUUUAUUCACAAAAAACAUCAAAACUAUAGGUUAAUAUUGGUUCAACUGGAAAUUCAACAAGAAGAGCAUUUAAAAGUAAGCUAACCAAUAUUUCAAGGCCACAGAAAAUCCGGGUGGCAAGGUGGAAGAAGCACGAGACACAAAGUGUAUUCUGCCUGAACUUAUAGUAUCAGAACAUAAAUGUGUAUGAAAUAUUAUUAACUACUGGGAAAUAUCAACACGAGGUGAAAAAUACAAUUUGAAAACAGUAUAACCGUGGUGUGCAAAUUGUGGGGGGUGCAUCCUUUGAGGGGUCACAAAGAGUCGGUAGGGGAACUAUGACUGUAGGAAUAAGUAAAUUAUAUCUGAACGUACAAGUUUAUAAAUGAAGUUUUAAAAACUGUCGUACAAAUAUUCCUAAUAUUUAGUAACAACAAUUAGCAUGAGAAAAUGACGUGUAAAAUAUAUAUACAAAUAGAUUAUGAGAAGGGGUUGCAACAAAAUGCAUGUUUAGAAGGGGGAGGUGGUAUAAAAACGUUUGCACACCACUGCAGUAUAAAGUCAGAAGUUUGAAUUAAUUGGCAAAUUUAAAAAGUGCAUCUAUUUCUUUAAAUUUCUAUUUUUUCAUUAUCUGUAUCUUUCAAUUUUGAACUUCUUUUAGGACAUUUUGAUUAAAGUAAUAAUAUUGGAUAUGUUAUAUAAACUAUCCAUACGACUGGUGUUGCAUCUUGCUGCCUUCUCCUCGUGACCCUGUUGUGUUAGUCAGCAUUUUUUAAAAGGAGUUCUUCUUGUGUUUGUGUGUUGUGUUCAGUUGGCCCAAUAAUGACCUUAAGAUAACACUAAAAGUUUGAUAAUAGUUACUAAAAAAAAAACCUGGUUUUAUGUGUUACUGUUAGCAGAUAUUCAAUUGGUACUGGUAAUUCUAAAUUUCCCAGGUUUCGGGAAUUAAAAAAAAAACAAUAAAACAUUAACUUAAUCAUCGCAUCUUUACAGUCACAGGUUUAUAAGAGUUGCAGCUGAAAGAGUUUAACCAGUAAAAUUUGUAAAAAGAAAUAGGCUUUCAGGUACUGAUUGUUCUUCCUGCUUAAGUGCAACCAAGCACUUGUGGAUCUAAUUUUGUUUAUGCUAUUCUGUUUUGGUUUGGGUUUCAACUUUUCAUUUACUGGGUUUCUCUCUAUUUAUUUCUAAAAAAAAAAAAAAUUGUUUUCUAAAGUAAUCUAUUGGUAUUAUCACGAUUUAGUAAUACAACCAAAUUCUUUAUGGUUUAUAAACAUUUAAGGUAAAUAGUAAUCUUCUGAACAAUAUUAUUGAUUCUAUCGACUUCUUUUGUAUUACAGAAAUGAGAAUCUGAUAGUUUCAUUGCACUAAAAUAAAAAAGUUUUAAGAUUUUGCAGAGAAAAUUAAGUGAUUGUUUUUGAAAUAAUUAAUUUGUGGAAUAACAUCUUUCACCAAAAAUAUGUAAAGGUAUAUGUGAUGAGUGGUUGAUUUUAUAUACUUAUGUAAAAGAAAAGAUUUAUAUUGUAAGUUUAUGACAAAAAAAAAAAUUGUGAUUAAUAUGAUAAAUGGCAAGAAAGGAUAAUUUAAAGAAGAAAAACUACAACAGUUCUUGAAUAGGUGGAAUGCUACUGCAAAUAUGUGUAACUGGAAUUGAAUUCUUUGUUUUAAUGUUGUAGUUUGUGUGUUAAAAAUAAUUCCAGUAAAAAAAAACUGUGAUUAUAACAACUAUAGGAACUUUUUUAUUCUUUUGUGAUAUUAUCAUGUCGUUUCAUGUUUCUGUUCUUCAUCUCUUGCUGUUAUCAGCAUUCCAGCUUGUACAUUUAAGACAUUUGUCAAUUUACAUUAACUCUCAUAAAUAAAUAAAAUGUAUAGAUACGUAUAAGUCCCAUUGUUAAAAAUCCUGUGGUACAGUUGCCCACUCCAGGCUCUCGUUUCCAAAAUAUGCAUGCUUUAAUUCAGUGGUGAGAGUUUUGAUUAUUAAUAAAAAUUGUGUUGAAAGUUUUAGAAAACAUUUAUUGUUGAUUUUCUUUUGUGUGUGUGUGUGUGUGUGUCUGUAAAAAAGAAAGAAAAAAAAUCUACAGGUGUCACCCAUAUCACUUGUUCAGUUUAUCUGAAAUAUAUCCGCUAAUAGUAAUAGCAUAAACUGGAUUUGCUGUAGAACCAACAUAAGGUUUUUAAAUGUUGUGAACAGCUACAUAAUGUGCUCAAAAAUGAUUUUAAGUAUUUGCAUUUCAGCCCUAUGACAUGAAAUUAAACAUGAACUAUAUAUUUUUUUUGACAGCACAUAGUUUGAAAAAAAAAAUGUUUGUAAAUUUGUAUUCAAAUAUCCGUUUCAUUUUUUUUUCUUAAAUUACUCUUACAAUAAAUUUUACAGACAGAUAAAUGACUUUGUGUGAAAUUUUGUGAAUGCUAAAUCAGCAAAGUUGUAGAUUUUAAUAGAAAUUAAAAGCUUGCUCUUGGGUAAUGAUUAUAUAAAUGAAUUUCGGUUAAGACAGUUUCAUUUAUACUAGUUUUACUGUCAGGUAUUACAGAAAUUAAAGAACUUAAAAAAAUUGAGUCAUUAUCUUUCGGUCAGAAAAAAUAAAUGCUUCUAAUAAGUAACAGUACGAUCUGGUGAUGAAAACAACAUAGAGACCAGUUUAAACGUCGGGUUAUUUAAGUUCUUGACAAUCGAUACUGUAACAUUUUGUUCGUUCUUCAUAUGGUAGUAACUCAGUUUUCCAAGUUUUAAAAUUAGAGCCAAUAGAUUAAGAAAAUGUGCAUUUGUAAUUGUUAUUAGUGUUCGUAAAGUUUACGGCAUAUUUAGUACCAUCUGAUUUACAGAAUGGCAUUUUAAUUCGUGAGUGAACUUGUGUUGCUUAACGUACACCCCUUAUAACUUUUAGUAGCGUUUUUAAUUACCUAUGUUAUUAUAUAAGGAAUAUUACGUUUAUAGUCCUGUUUAAAAAUUAUUUUUCAACGUUGAUUUUCUUUUUCGAUAUGUUGGACUGAUCUCCCAUCUGAUGGGAGAGAAGUCAACUAAAAUGUAAAAGUAUUUAGGCUAUUGUUCCUUAUACAAGUUGCUGUUUUUUUGUUUUCGUGUUGUUUGUUUUUUUUUUUUUUCAGUAAUGUUUGUAAUGUGAUAUCUGUUAUCUGCACGUUUCAUGGAACAAGAGUUUCCCGCCAUCUGUUGGUAAAUACUUUGUAUUAAUUUUUAGUUUGGAAAAGCAUUCAAAGAAGUAAUUGAUACUGGAUUGUGUAGCUGUUUGCUUUUUUAUUUAUAGUAGUAAUAUAACUUCUUGCUUGUUACUGUUCAGUAAUAUAAAACAGUAAUCGCGCGAUAUAACAAAACUACCGAUGAUUUGUUGAUUAAUUGUUUCGUCUUUUCUUGAUAGCAUGCAUAUCUUUUAAGUUUUUUUUUUUAUGAUAAGUCAUGCACCUUAAGACAGUUGUUGUGGUACUUUUGAGUAACUUUGCACAAUCAACCAGAUGUUUUUUUUUCUUUGUUUCUUUGUUGUUGUUGUUGUCGUAUAUUCAUGGUAGCUGUGCUCACGUACUUCAUACUCUGUAUAUUUUUAUCCACGAUAGAGGAUCAGUUCUGCGCAUUUUAUACAAUUUUUUUGAUCAACGCACCUGCUCAGAAACUGAGGCAUACAAUAAAAAUUAUAAUGUCACGAAAGUAUAAAGUAUGUAAGAAUGUACUUUGUUUAUAUAUAUAUAUAUAAUAUUAAGUCGUUAAGUAUCGUAAUUUUGCGAAAAUUAAGUUUUUUUGUUUUUUUUAAAUAAUAUUUUGAUCGCAAAUACUUUGAUUUUUUUUUUUUACUUGAAUAGAAAAAUCUUACCAAUAUUUGAUCUUCUGGGUGUAUUUAAUAUGUUAUUCAUUUUAUUAGACACUGUAGUAAAACAUCAAUGCCUUAAUCAUCCCCCCUUUUACCUAGACACAUGAUGAUGUAGUUGAUUCUUGAUUUGUGUAUCAUAAAGAAAUAAUAGAAAAAAAAAAUAGGCUUGCUUAUUCAUUUUUUUAGUAAUUAUAGUUUAUCAUAUGAUCGACAGAGGACGCCACUUACAGUGGAUUCACCGAUUGCUUUAGUAAUAAUUGUUAUAAUACACAUUUCUUAUAAUGAUACUCGAGAGGUUUUUUUUUGUCUUGUAGUGUUUUCUUGAUAAUAAAGUGCUCAUUUUAUCUUGUA